AUGCGCAGCAGUUGGUGCACCCAUCUGCCACGUCGAGGGGCUGUUCCGGGAAUUGAACCCGGGACCUCUCGCACCCUAAGCGAGAAUCAUACCACUAGACUAAACAGCCGACGAAUCCCGCAGGUGACCUUCCACAGCGCACCCCCACGCAACCUGCCCUGUCCUCCGCUAGUCACCUCCUCCGCUGCAUCGCACUAUUUUCCGACACGCGCGGCCCGCCUCUCCCCUGCAAGCCACCUCCCAUGCGCUUCCUCCUCUUCACCUCCAAAACGGCGCUCCCUCCUCUCCGAACCCCCUCCCUCAGCCACAGCGACCGCCUCCCCAGCCGCUCCAACUGCAGCCCACCCGCAAACCAAAGUGUCAUCGCCGCACCAAAAACGAGCAGCGGAAUGCACCGAACACAACCACGCCCUUGUCCUCGUGCUGCAAGCUUCCAUUCACUCCCGGCCAAACCACCACACACAACCCACCUCGGUUUGGAGGAGGCAGGAGCAUGAGCAGUUGCGGCGGGGACAAAAUGCGCAGCACUUGGUGCACCCAUCCGCCACGUCGAGGGGCUGUUCCGGGAAUUCAACCCAAGACCUCUCGCACCCUAAGCGAGAAUCAUACCACUAG